AUGACUGCAGUUAGUGUUCAUUCUGCACUGAAAUCAACCAAGUCAACAAAAAGAUAUAAAAGUGUCAGGAGGAAUGCCAGCAUCUACAGAGUUCCCCCUCACAGUAAUUCAGAUGAAGAUGAUGCUGAUGGGAAAGAGGACAACAAUGACCCUGAAACAAUCUUCCAGAAUAUACAAAUGCAAAAGGAGAUUGUGGCAAACAUUCGGUGCAGACCUUGGCCAAUGAGACAGAAGCUCCGCUCACUCAGGCAGGCUAAAGAAAUUGUGCUAAAAUAUGAAGGCAGACUAACUAGAACAAGAGGAUACCAGGCAGCAGGUGCAGAGCUUUGGAGAAAAUUUGCACGACUGUUGUAUAACUUUGUUGUCCUUUUUAUUCCAUGGGAAAUGAGGAUAAAGAAAAUAGAAAGUCAUUUUGGAUCAGGAGUGGCAUCCUACUUCAUCUUCCUGAGGUGGUUGUUUGGGAUUAACAUUGUACUCACAAUCUUGACUGGAGCGUUUGUUGUAUUGCCAGAGAUCCUAGCUGGAGCUCCUUUUGGAACCACAAUCAAUAAGAAAAUCCCUGAUAAGGAAUUUCCGUCAGCACAGGACCUCAACACCAUCUGGUCAUUGGGGGGUUAUCUUCAGUACUCUGUGUUGUUUUAUGGUUACUAUGGCCGGGAAAGGAAGAUCGGAAGAGCCGGGUAUCGCCUGCCACUGGCUUAUUUUCUGGUUGGAAUGGCUGUCUUUGCCUACAGUUUCAUCACACUGUUAAGAAAAAUGGCUAAGAACUCACGCCUCAGCUUGGCCAGUGCAUCUGAUGAAAACUAUACGUUCUGCUGGAGAAUCUUCUGUGCAUGGGACUACCUCAUUGGGAAUCCAGAAGCUGCAGAGAGCAAAAUGGCCGCCAUAGUUAACAGUAUCAGAGAAGCCAUAUUGGAAGAGCAAGAAAAAAGGAAAAGUACGAAUCUGGCAGUCACAAUAAGCCUUCGGAUCCUUGCAAACAUUCUAGUUCUUCUCUCCCUUGCUGGCAGCAUUUACAUCAUAUAUUUUGUGGUGGAUAGAUCCCAAAAACUUGAACGUACAAAAACUGAACUAACUCUUUGGGAAAAAAAUGAGGUGAGCGUUGUUGUCUCGCUAAUUACCAUGAUUGCUCCGUCGGCUUUUGAGCUUGUUGCUGCAUUGGAAAUGUACCAUCCCAGAACUACAUUACGAUUUCAGCUUGCAAGGGUUCUUGUGUUAUAUCUGGGAAACCUCUACAGUUUAAUAAUUGCCCUACUGGACAAAGUCAAUAUCAUGAGUAACAGUAGCAAUGACACAUCUAUAGAUUCAGCUCCACUUUUCGCCACAACAGCAUUAACCAUCUUAUCUACAGCAAGUCCGGAUUUGGAGCAACAAGGAAACUCUACUCUGGCUUUGGAUUUGGAUCAAAACAUAACAAAAGCCAUGCAACUAAGUAACCAGACAACUUCCUCCGUUGUCUCAGUUACCUCACUUCAUAAAAGUGAAUGCUGGGAGACCUAUGUUGGACAGGAGAUGUUAAAGCUCUCUAUAAUCGAUAUGAUUUUUACUGUGGCAAGUAUUCUUCUUAUCGACUUCUUCCGUGGCCUUUUUGUACGCUAUUUGAGUGAUUGCUGUUGCUGGGAUUUAGAAAGCAAGUUUCCGGAGUAUGGUGAAUUCAAAAUUGCUGAAAAUGUUCUACAUCUGGUCUACAAUCAAGGGAUGAUUUGGAUGGGAGCCUUUUUUUCGCCCUGUCUACCAGCGUUCAAUGUUUUCAAAUUGAUAGGACUGAUGUAUUUAAGAAGCUGGGCAGUGCUGACUUGCAAUGUUCCCCAUCAGCAAGUUUUCAGAGCUUCAAGAUCUAAUAAUUUCUACCUGGCUAUGCUACUCUUCAUGCUGUUUCUCUGCAUGCUUCCAACUGUCUUCUCAAUAGUAAGGUAUAAGCCAUCCAUAAACUGCGGUCCUUUUAGUGGGCAAGAGAAAAUUUAUGAUAUUAUUUCGGAAACCAUUGAAACUGAUUUUCCUGCUUGGUUUAACACAGUGAUGAGCUAUGUAAGCAGUCCAGUAGUGGUUGUUCCAGCUUUGCUUCUCCUCUUUAUGCUAAUUUAUUAUCUUCAGAGCAUUGCACGGUCACUAAAAUUCACCAACAACCAGCUAAGAGCACAGCUCCAGAACGAAAGAAUUGAGGACAAGAAAAAAGUUAUUAAAUUGGCUGUGGCUCGGUUUCAAAAUAAAGAUGGACAUGACAAAAAGCAAGAUGCAGACAGUGAUAUAACCAGUCAGGAAUCUUCUGUGCGAUCCUCCACACCGAGGAAGAAUGGAAGUGUGGUGAAUUUUGAAUCUCCAGGGAGUAAAAACAGCAGAAUCCAAACUAUAUCUCAAUCUGUACCACGAGCUGGAAUAUCACAAUCCCCAAAACUAACGCAAAGCCCCUCUGUGUCAGGAGUGCAAAAACAAAGGUCGGAGCAUGUUGCCAGCAGGCCUCCAAGCAUCAAAUUGGGAAGUGUCAGUGAAUCUUGUCGAAACAAGAGCUACAACGCAACACAUACUAAGAAACAUGUUGAAAAUUCCCAGUCUGAGCCCCUGUUUAGAAGAGGAAUAAGACAAACAACACCAGACCACCGGGGAGCUGGAGCACCAAGCCUGCAACCACAUAGACCUCAUACGAAAUAUUUUAUUGUAAAUGAACAUGAUUCUCGCAAGAAGAUUAUCCGGUCAACAUCUCGGCUUCCAAGACAUUUUCGUAUGGAAGGGUCUGGUGACAUUGUGGAAUUAUACCCAAGGAACAUCAGGAGAUACGUUGUUCAAACUCCACGUCGCUCUUACUCACCACAUCUGAGUGACGAAGAAGAAGAUGAACUGCAAAGAGACUUAAUACGCAGGUCUCACCGGCCUCGCUCACUGUCAGAUCUUCGAUAUCCUCCUCGAUUUUACAUUGGAGACAGAAAAGAAAGUCAGAUUUUAUCUGGUAGAGACCUGGUUAAAAUGCAGUACAAGUCAUGGGAAGGAGGCUUCCAGCUUGAGACAGAAAAUCCUCAUCAUCGCAAAAAGAUAAAUCUAAAGAACAUAGAUCUUGAUGAACAGUAUGUGGAACGACACCGGAAAGUGAAAUCUAAGCACAAGCAUGAGCCGUGUCUUACAGAAUCCGACUCUGUUUCUAAUGCGUCUAGUAGUGACCAGCAAAACAGCAGUACUGACCAGUACAUCCAAGUCAUUCAUAAUAAAGACAAGUAUUUAAAAAACAGUGGGAAGAUGAUUAGAAAGAAAUCGAAAGGCAAUGCGGACUUAAAGGUUUCUCCUCUAAGUGAAUUAAUUUGUUCCAAUGUUUAG